AUGACACUUGUAACAACAGUUGCUGGCUUUACCGCUUUUGGAGUUGCCGUUAGAGCUUACGCGUUGGCCCUUGAAAGAAGGCCCGUUUUUGACAACCCAAUAACACAUGUAUUUACAGCAGCAUUCUUCGGAGGGGUCGGAGCAUAUAUAUAUAAUGCAGACCAAAGACAAAUGGAAUUAAUUCAAAAGCGUAAGCAAGUGUUAUUGACUAAUAGAAAGCGUAGACUUGAAUACGAGGAGGCUAAGGCUAUGAG